AUGUAUUAAAUCUUUAGAACAAUCAAGAUGAUGAGCCAAAUAAUCAGACCCAUGAGAUUUUGCGCACCCAUAGUGGCUACCAAUAAUUACUUAAAUUUAUAUAAUCUGAAUCAGUUUUAUAUGUCCCUUUUAAUUGACACCAAUGAAGAGGAUGAAGAAGUAAUGUCAAUUAAGAAAGAGAAAUGUGUCGUCCAAAAUUGAUCAUUUGAAUUAUUAAUAAAUAAUUUAUGCAAACAUCUCUUAAA